UGACCACGCAGCACGCAGCGGUCAGAACCCAACAAAAUAAGCGGCCCGCCCCUUCGACUGCGCUGCGCUGCCUGCCUGCAUCAGAGGAGCGUCAGCGUUGUCCCGGCGUUUCUCUCUCUCCCCAUCCCACCCUUUUCAUGCGUCCACACGACUCGACGGGAUUCUUGGCUUCGCUCAUCGUCUCCUCCACAUGCCAUUUUGACCCUCCCGUUCCUAUCUCCUCGCCUCCCUACAUAAGGCUUUCUUUAAUCGGCGGCUGCUCGCUAUCCCUGCCUCCGCCAUGGAGGGUUAGGGUUUUGCGGAGCUCUAUCUCACACAAGGGGCGGCCCGCGGCCACCGAGACGAGACGAACUGACCCCUCUCUUCUAUCUCCCCUCUCACUCUCUGAUGCGCAGCUAGGAUUCGGCUGAGCUAGGAUUUGGCAGAUCCAGGCUUAGGCUUAUUUUGGGAGACGGGAUACAGACGGUUGAAGGAGAGACGCACACGCGCAAGUCUACUCUGGUGUCUGCCUGCUCCUACGAGGGUGGGAGGAGGUGAGGCGGCAUGAGCUUCGGGAGUCUAUUUGACGGUGGGGCCGGUGGAGGAGGCGGCGGCGGGAUGCAGUUCCCGUACUCCGGCGGGUUCUCGUCCUCACCGGCUCUCUCUCUCGGGCUGGACAACGCCGGCGGCAUGGGCAGGCGGAUGCUUCCUGGUGGCGCGGGCCCAGAUGGUGGGAUGGCGAGGGACGCGGACGCGGAGAACGACAGCCGGUCGGGGAGCGACCACCUCGACGCCAUGUCCGGCGGCGGCGAGGACGAGGACGACGUCGAGCCAGGCAACCCCCGCAAGCGCAAGAAGCGCUACCACCGCCACACGCCGCAGCAGAUCCAGGAGCUCGAAGGGCUGUUCAAGGAGUGCCCUCACCCGGACGAGAAGCAGCGCGGCGAGCUGAGCAAGAGACUGGGCCUCGACCCGCGCCAGGUCAAGUUCUGGUUCCAGAACCGUCGCACGCAGAUGAAGACACAACUGGAGCGGCACGAGAACGCCCUGCUGAAGCAGGAGAAUGAUAAGUUGCGCGCCGAGAAUAUGACGAUCCGUGAGGCCAUGCGCAGCCCGAUGUGCGGCGGCUGCGGGAGCCCCGCCAUGCUUGGGGAGGUGUCCCUGGAGGAGCACCACCUGCGCAUCGAGAAUGCGCGGCUCAAGGAUGAGCUCAACCGCGUCUACGCCCUUGCUACCAAGUUCCUCGGCAAGCCCAUGUCCAUCCACUCGGGGGCCCAGCUGCCGCCACACCUGCCCAUGCCCAUGCCGAGCUCGUCACUGGAGCUCGCAGUCGGGGGCCUUGGUGGCAUAGGGUCUAUGCCCUCUGCCACGAUGCCUGGUUCCAUGAGUGAGUUUGCUGGGGGUGUGUCUAGCCCGUUGGGCACGGUAAUCACACCAGCACGGGCAACUGGAUCUGCUCCGCCGUCUAUGGUGGGCAUCGACAGGUCCAUGUUAUUGGAGCUUGCGAUCAGCGCAAUGGAUGAACUUGUCAAGAUGGCACAGAUGGACGAGCCUUUGUGGGUUACAAGCCUGACUGGUGCUCCCAACAAGGAAACGCUGAACUUUGAGGAGUAUGUCCACUCCUUGCCGUGCAUCGGCUUGAAGCCUGUGGGUUUUGUGUCUGAGGUCUCUAGGGAGUCUGGCCUUGUCAUCAUCGACGACAGCGUUGCCCUUGUAGAGACCCUUAUGGAUGAGAGACGGUGGUCUGACAUGUUCUCGUGCAUGAUUGCUAAGGCCACGAUCCUAGAGGAGGUGUCAACCGGCACUGCAGGAAGCCGAAAUGGCGCGCUGCUGCUGAUGAAGGCUGAACUACAGGUACUCUCACCUUUAGUCACCAUCAGGGAGGUUACAUUUCUCAGGUUUUGCAAGCAGUUGGCCGAGGGUGCAUGGGCAGUAGUGGAUAUGUCUAUCGAUGGAUUGGUGAGAGAUCAGAACUCUGCAACAACAUCUACCGCUGGAAAUAUAAAGUGCAGGAGGUUACCUUCUGGCUGUGUGAUGCAAGACACUCCCAAUGGCUACUGUAAGGUCACAUGGGUUGAGCAUACGGAAUACGAUGAGGCAUCAGUGCACCAGCUCUAUCGGCCGCUACUCCGGUCUGGGCUCGCCUUUGGAGCCAGGCGGUGGCUUGCAACGCUGCAGCGCCAGUGUGAAGGCCUGGCCAUCCUCAUGUCCCCUGAUACAGUUUCGGCAAAUGACUCGUCAGUUAUAACGCAAGAGGGUAAGCGAAGCAUGCUGAAGCUAGCACAACGGAUGACGGAGAACUUCUGUGCUGGGGUGAGCGCAUCAUCUGCACGUGAAUGGAGCAAGCUGGACGGCGCAGCAGGUAGCAUCGGGGAGGACGUGCGUGUCAUGGCACGGAAGAGCGUGAACGAGCCUGGGGAGCCACCGGGCGUGGUGCUGAGCGCUGCCACAUCGGUUUGGGUGCCCGUGGCUCCUGAGAAGCUGUUUAACUUCCUCCGUGAUGAACAGCUGCGUGCAGAGUGGGACAUCCUCAGCAAUGGAGGCCCCAUGCAGGAGAUGGCUAACAUUGCCAAGGGACAGGAGCAUGGAAACUCGGUGUCCCUCCUUAGGGCCAGUGCAAUGAGUGCCAACCAGAGCAGCAUGUUGAUCCUUCAGGAGACUUGCACUGAUGCGUCAGGCUCGAUGGUUGUGUACGCUCCAGUGGACAUCCCGGCAAUGCAGCUCGUCAUGAACGGCGGGGACUCCACCUAUGUUGCUCUGCUGCCAUCUGGGUUCGCCAUCCUGCCGGACGGUCCCAGCAUCAGCGCCGGGCACAAAACUGGCGGCUCUUUGCUCACCGUGGCAUUCCAGAUCCUCGUCAACAGCCAGCCGACCGCCAAGCUCACCGUGGAAUCAGUGGAGACCGUGAACAACCUCAUUUCCUGCACCAUCAAGAAGAUCAAGAAUGCGCUGCAGUGUGACGCCUGAGCGUCUCAACAGACGUCGCCGUGGGGAUGGCUGUCGACAAUGAGCCUGAGUCAAGAACGAACCGCGCACUGGAAGAAACCUUUGCUAGGUGAUAAGAAUCCAGCUUUGGCAGGUCCUUAGCACAGAGCAAUGGUGGUGGUUCGGGUAUUGACUUCGGCCUCUACCGUCUGCCAUUCUCCCAGGCAACCCGGCGGUUGGAUACAGUACCAUGCAUAAUGGAAAUUGGUAGAUGGCUAAUCUUAUGCUUUAGUCCCAUCGUUUUAGGGGAUCAAAUCAAACCUUGUGUUUUUGGCUGGCUCGUUGUUAAUUAUACAACAUUGUCUGUUCUCUGUUGUGAGUCAGUCUAUGUCAUGUACUCAUGUGUAAACCUGUGAGCUCAGCAAUGUUGGGUUAUUGACAUAUUGUGCUGAUGGCGUCGUCCAUAGGUUAUGGUAGCAGCACAAGUGUAGGCAUCAAUGCUGUCAGCCAAUAAUGUUUGAUAAAGUGGCUUAGGGUUUAUCCUGAGACGCUUAAUUAGAUCAAUUAAACAUUAUUCUGCAAUAUAUAGCGGAUUAAUGCUCUGAACGAUUAUGUUGUAUUGUCUGUGUGGCACAAGGUGUUAAGCAUGGAGGUUCGAGACUA